AGAGUUAGUAGAUGAAGCUGGUUGAUUAGAGUGGCUGGUUAAGAUGUUCUCAGAAUACAGGAUUCAUCCAGCUCUGCUUCUCCUGCUUUACUGUCUGCUGUGCUCAGCUGGAGAAGAGGUUGUCAGACUGCAGGAGCUGGAGGGAAACACUGUAACCAUCCAUACUGGAUUAACUGGAGUUCAGAGUGAUGCUCACAUACUGUGGUUUUAUGGACCUGAGAAUGCAGAUAUAAAGAUAGUGAACAGUCAGAUCAUUAGAGGAGAGAUUAUUACAGACUAUUACAGUGAGAGAUUCAGAGACAGACUGCAGCUGAACAGAACCAGUGGAUCUUUAACCAUCAGGAACAUCAGCAGAGAAGAUUCUGGAGUUUAUAAACUACACAUCAUUACUGGAAUAUCCUCAGUCUGGAGUUUCAGUGUUGAUGUCUAUGCUCCAGUAUCAAAGCCAGUCAUAAGAAAUCAAGCUGAAAAGCGCUCAGUGAGUCUCAGAGAGUCGUGUUCUCCUCUGUGCUCUGUGGAGAACGGGAAGGAUGUGAGUUUGUCCUGGUAUGAAGAGAAAGAGAGAAUCUCCAGCAUCAGCAGCUCAGAUUCCAGUGAACGUCUUUAUCUUCCUCUGAAUAAAACCAACCCAGACUGUUCUACCUACACCUGUGUAGCUGCUAAUCCAGUUAGCACCCAGACAGCCCAGCUCAACAUUACAAACAUCUGCUGUAAAUCAGUUUAUAAGCAUGAUAAGCUGAAUUAUGCUGUGAAAAGUACAUCUCCAGAUUCAAAUGAAGCUCACAAGGACAACGAGGAGCUCUGGACUGACAGAGCGGUCAGUGCCGAAUUCCGACUUCCCUCGCGUGCACGCGCCUCACGUGAACAUGUGGACGUUACGGACUGCAGUCUGGAUUUCUCGGGGUCCAGCAUGCACUGCCUACUGCCAGCAGAGGGCGACGGCGGCAAGGAGCCGUGGACUAAUCAGGCUAACCUGGUACACCUGUGA